CCUGCGAGAGCAACCGGCAGGCGGGUGGCGCUGCGAGACCAUGGCGCUGCUGGACGUGUGCGGGGCCGCGCGGGGACAGCUGCCGGCCUGGGCCGGGGGGAGCGCGCGGGGCUCGGACCUGGGGCACUACAGCUUCUCCGAGCGCGCUCCGGAGCUCGCCGUCCCCAGGGGCAUGCAGAGCACCGUCCCUCCUAGAAGUCCUUAGGAACUGUUCUGGGCAUGAGCGGUCAGAGAGCUGUGGCCCAUCUCCUCGCCUGCCUAAACCCUUCCCUGCGGAGAUCCCGCUACACAAGUGUUCAUGGCUCUUCCCCUGCCUCUUCAACUCUCCUCAGCCCACGGAAUUCCUACAGUCCCUGGGUAGGGACCAGGAGAGGAAUGUUCAGAUAGAGAUGGCGCACGGCACAACCACGCUGGCCUUCAAGUUCCAGCAUGGAGUGAUUGUGGCAGUGGACUCUCGGGCCACAGCGGGGAACUACAUUAGCACCAUACGAAUUAACAAGGUGAUCGAGAUUAACCCUUACCUGCUGGGCACCAUGUCUGGCUGUGCUGCAGACUGUCAGUACUGGGAGCGUCUGCUGGCCAAGGAGUGUAGGCUGUACUACUUGCGGAAUGGGGAACGGAUCUCUGUGUCGGCUGCCUCCAAGCUGCUCGCCAACAUGAUGUCCCAGUACAGGGGCAUGGGCCUCUCUAUGGGCAGCAUGAUCAUCGGCUGGGACAAGAAGGGCCCAGGACUCUACUACGUGAAUGAGGAUGGGACUCGGCUCCCGGGACACAUGUUCUCCUCUGGCAGUGGGAACACCUAUGCCUAUGGGGUCCUGGACAGCGGCUAUCGGCCAGACCUCAGCCCUGAAGAGGCCUAUGACCUUGGCCGCAGGGCUAUUGUUCAGGCCACUCACAGGGACAACUAUUCUGGAGGCGUUGUCAACAUGUACCACAUGAAGGAAGAUGGCUGGGUAAAAGUGGAAAGUACAGAUGUCAGUGACCUGCUGCACCAGUACCAGGAGGCCAAGCAGUAACAGUGGCAUUGGCUGUGCAGGCCUCUUCUGGUGGCAGAAAAGGCCUCCAGACGCAGAGACCUGGACCACUUUCCAUCUCUGCCAAGACACAGGGUGGCCUGGCGGCGGGUGUCGGUGGGCCACGUUCACCCAUUUUCAUGCUCUUCUUUCAGAGAGCUUGUCUCCUAGGAGCCCUCGGGUGCUCCCUAAGAAUAAAGGAAAACGGUUAUGAA